UUCUUUUGGAAGUUUUUCGUUGUAUCAAGCCGCCAAAGUGGAGAGUGUGAUUGCAGAAGGGGGUGCUUCUCGUUUCAGUGCUUCUUCGGGCGGAGGAGGAGGUAGGGGUGCACCUCAGCACUGUCCCAAGACUUCCGGCAACAGCACUAAACGAGAUGCUAACUCCUUGAAUGACAAAGAAAGACAAGAUGGAAUCUUCAGGAAAGUCAGAGGCAUUUUGAACAAGCUUACUCCAGAGAAGUUUGACAAGCUAUGCCUUGAGCUCCUCAAUGUGGGUGUAGACUCUAAAUUGGUCCUUAAAGGGAUCAUUUUGCUGAUAGUAGACAAAGCCCUUGAAGAGCCCAAGUAUAGCUCACUGUAUGCUCAGUUAUGUCUGCGCCUGGCGGAGGAUGCUCCUAACUUUGAUGGCCCAUCUCCAGAGGGCCCGCUGCAACAUCACAAGCAAAGCACGACAUUCAGACGCCUUUUAAUUUCAAAACUUCAAGAUGAAUUUGAAAACCGUACACGAAAUGUCGAUAUCUAUGACAAACAUGAUGGCCCUCUCUCAAGUGAAGAGGAAGAGCAACGGGCUAUUGCGAAGAUCAAGAUGCUGGGAAACAUCAAAUUCAUUGGGGAGCUUGGCAAACUUGAUCUUAUCCAUGAAUCUAUCCUUCAUAAGUGCAUCAAAACACUUUUGGAAAAGAAGAAGAGAGUUCAACUUAAGGAUAUGGGGGAGGAUUUGGAGUGCCUCUGUCAGAUAAUGAGGACAGUAGGACCUAGACUAGACCAUGAAAAGGCCAAGUCUCUAAUGGAUCAGUACUUUGCCCGGAUGCGUUCCUUGAUGUUAAAUAAGGAAUUGCCAGCUAGGAUUCGUUUCCUGCUGCAGGAUACUGGGGAGUUGCGUGCGAAUCGGUGGGUUCCUCGCAAGGCUUUUAUUGAUAAUGGACCAAAGACGAUAAACCAGAUUCGUCAAGAAGCAGUAAAGGAUCUGGGAGUUUUUAUUCCGCCGUCUAUGGCUCAUGGAAUGAGGAAUGACUUCUUUCUGGAGGGACCUUUUAUACCACCGGGAAGGAAAUUUGACAGAGACCCACUUGGAGGACUUGCUGAUAUGUUUGGACAAAUGCCAGGUAGCGGAAUUGGAACUGGUCCAGGAGUAAUUCAAGACCGAUUUUCACCUACCAUGGGGCGUCAUCGUUCCAAUCAACUUUUUAAUGGGCAUGGGGGACAUGCACCUCCUCAGUCACAGUUUGGGGAAAUGGGAAACAAGUCUUUCCUUAAAACUAACCAGAUCAGUUUGAGGCCUGCACAGUCUUUUUUGAUAAAUAAAAAUCAGGUGCAAAAGCUUCAACCACAGACUCCAACUAUGAUCCCACCAAGCGCGCAACCACCUCGUACUCAAACACCACCCCUGGGACAGCCACCCCAACUAGGUCUCAAAACAAACCCACCCUUAAUCCAGGAGAAGCCUGUAAAGAACAAGAAAGCUCCUUCCAAGGAAGAACUGCUGAAAUUGACUGAGACUAUCCUGACAGAGUAUCUGACUUCUAUUAACAUUAAAGAUGCUGUUAAUGGUGUGAAGGAAAUGAGGGCACCAAAGCCUUUCCUGCCAGAGAUGUUGAGCAAGAUGAUUGUUUAUACUCUAGAUCGUUCGGAUGAGGAUAAAGAACAAGCCAGCACCCUGAUAAACGCACUCAGACAGGAAGGGCUAGUUGCAGGUGAAAACUUCAUGCAAGCUUUCCUGAAUGUAUUGGACCAGUGCCCCAAACUGGAAGGUGAUAUCCCUCUUGUAAAAUCCUAUUUAGCUCAAUUUGCAGCACGUGCCGUCAUCUCUGAACUUGUGAGUCUUUUGGAACUGGCUCAGCCCCAUGAGAAUGGGACACAUUUCCCUCUCUUUCUACUCUGCCUGCAGCAGCUUGCCAAAUUGAAAGAUCGCGAGUGGCUUACAGAUCUCUUCCAACAGAGCAGAGUCAACAUGCAGAAAAUGCUGCCAGAGAUUGACCAGAAUAAGGAUCGUAUGUUGGAAAUCCUGGAGGGCAAAGGACUUAGUUUCCUCUUCCCAUUACUAAAACUAGAGAAGGAAUUGGCAAAACAGAUCAAGAAUGACCCAUCCCCUCAGGCCAUUUAUAAGUGGAUCAAAGAUAACAUUUCUCCCAAAUUGCAUACCGAUAAAGGAUUUGUCAACAUUCUUUUAACAAGCUUCUUGCAGUAUAUUUCGAAGAUGGCUCCUGCAGAAGGAGGCGAUCCGACUGGCAUACCUUCCAAAGAGCUGUUAGAACAGGAGAAGCAGCUUCUGCUCUCUUUUAAGCCAGUAAUGCAGAAAUUCCUGCACGACCACACUGAGCUGCAGGUUAGCGCUCUAUAUGCAUUACAGGUGCACUGCUACAAUCAUAACUUUCCAAAAGGUAUGUUGCUGCGCUUUUUUGUGAACUUCUAUGACAUGGAGAUAAUUGAAGAGGAAGCCUUCUUAGCCUGGAAAGAGGAUAUCAGUCAGGAAUUCCCAGGAAAGGGCAAAGCUUUAUUCCAGGUGAAUCAGUGGCUAACCUGGUUGGAAACUGCUGAGGAGGAAGAAUCUGAGGAAGAAGAAGGUGACUGAAAACCAGCCAAAGCCUUAAAUUGUGCAAAUAUACUGUUGCUAUGAUGUAACUGCGUUUUGACCUUGCGACUGCAAAGAUUCAUUCCGCUAUUUGCAGCAUUUACCGCAGAAGCAUGUUCAUAGCUAAAUUUCUUCUGCAUACGCCUAGUGUAUGUCUUAAGCGUAGGAAACCAUUGAAUCCCUUAGGUUACAGUACCUUUUUUAGGCAACUUAAUGAUCUCUGAAUAGCACAUGAUAACUGAACCCUAAAUUCAUUCAGUUCAAGCAGUAGUUUAAUAAAGAUGAUGCUAUUGGCUGCUGUUCUACAUGUAUUGGUUGGUAACAAACUGAAUAGACACUGUAGGAAUGCACUUUGCUCAACAAAAUACUUGAGUCGUUGCAAUAUUUGAUUAUCUCUCAGAUUAUUAAAGAACCUAAAAUAAAUUGGAAACUGUAAUCAGUGGGUUGCAGCUGUAACAUUAAUUGCCUGAAUUUCUACCUCUAGUAUUGGGCUUUAUUUUAAGGUAUGUACCAAGGUCAACUAUGCUUAAAUCCUACAUCCUGGGCAAGUGCACAAGUCUUUAAUCUCUAGUUUACUUGCACAAUGUUAAAUUGUGACGUGGUAAAAUGACCUUACAGUUAAGAUGGAAACUUUCAAUGGUGAGAUUAAUGGAACUAACCUUUUGGUCCCCUUGUAUGUGUAACGAAAUGAAGCCUGCUUAAUUUAUCAAGUCGUGUUCACUACUUGUUCACAUGCCCUGAUUUUAUAUACAAGUUACUUGUAUCUAUAAUAAACAUUGUGAUACUUGAA